CGCGUUCAUGAUACGUGUUUCGCGUUACUUUUCUUCCACGAAAGCAUUUGUUAGUGGCCCAGGACUUUUGCAGAAACUUCGUGUAGAGAACGAUGUUUGAGAAGUUUGUUCCUAUAUACAUGAACGGAGCUUCUGAAUUCGGAGUAUACUAAGAAACACUUACAGGUCAGUUUCUGACGGCAUUGCCUCCCGGUAGGAAUAUAUGUAGCUUAUACAAACGAAACACGCUCUUAUACCUUUUCCAGAAAUCCAAAGUUUUUUCCUCAAAGUUUUACCUUUCUCAGAAAUCGAGGCCUCGGGAACAAUAAUUGUUAGCAUGCUAGAGAAGGUGCAGAGCAGGUUGGUUAAAACUUUCCAAUGUGGAACGCACAGAAGACACGUCAAAUUGGUAGCCUGUCCGGGAAAGUUAUAGGUUCGAACCCGAGCAACUUGGUGGCAUGCUUCUUGGGUGUCUUCCGCGAGGGAAGAACCGAAUCAUAAACCGUCUCUCCUGAUGACAUUCGUCUCGACGCCACCAAUUAUCAGAUGUGGCAGUUUUGCCACUCCAAUGAAAGCAGAAAACGAGACUCAGUGUUGAGUUUGACCAACGUCCAAAGGGACAUUGCGGGAGACGAAUAAACAACUAUUUAUCUUUCUAAUACGCCGUGUUAUACAUAUAUAGCUGAGCCUACAUUCAUUUCUGCCGUACCUGAACGAUACACGCAACAGGUGCAUUGCAGCUGCUCCGUUUUAUCAAACGCACGCGGCGAACUGUGUGCUAUUUUUUACUAGCCGGCAUCGCCUCGACAGGUAAAGGAAACAUGUUCAUGAGAAGCUGCUGUGGCAUUUGGACGCUAAGGAAAGGAACGCGAUAUGUCGCCAGUUUUACGUUGGCAUCUAAGCUGUUCCUGCUCAUGUUGUACAUCACAUCGGCAUGUCGUCACGAACAGAUACUGGAAUUCCUGAACGAUACAUUGAGACUGCAGUCUCCUUCAUCGCCGUUGACGGAAUUCUGGGCCACCUUCUGCAUUACUCUAAUUCUAUUCUUGGAAAUGAUCGCUUCGUGGAUGGCAUUGAGAGCGACGUUACAGGAAAACCGGUGGCUUCUGGUUCCGUACAUCACCACGACACUUUGGAGCCUCUUUUCCAUGGCACUAUUGGGAAUCGUCAUCAUAACUGGCCAAUCAACGGCGCUGAGUACGAAAGACCUGGUAACUAGAGUUGGUCCCUUAUUCUUCGUCAUGCUGCUACGGGCUUUCUUCUUCAUGGUCGUACUGUCUUACUACCACGAGAUGCAGGAGAGAGAGCACCGUCAAGGGAACGCCCUGCCAUCGGUUAUGUCCGCAGUUCCACCUACUAACAUCGAUGACCUGCCUGCUAGCAAACGCUACGCGCCCCUCCUCUUGGACUACUUAGGCAAACCUCCUUCGUACGAAGAACUACAAGAACAAGAUGGCAAGACCAGCGGUGGACUUAGCCUCGGACUCUACUUCUGAACUUAGCUUGGAAGAAUGUCAUUUCAUUGCCUAAUUCGGAGGACUGAUCGGUAAUGGAACCAAGCAAGGUGUUGCUCUCACUCCUGUCAGUGCUGGCAGGUCAUUGGUUUUCUCGACCGGGCUUACCCAUCAUAUCAAUUUCGUGAGUUUGAGAUUAAAUGAGAAUCUGAGCUCUU